AUGGCAUCCUGCCCCAUCCUGCAGAGGGAGAGAGUGUUCCAGUUGGGAGCCCAUGCCUACAGGAUCCCCGCUCUGCUCUACCUGCCUCAGCAGAAGACCCUGCUGGCCUUUGCAGGAGAGCGGACAAGCAAGGAGGAUGAGUACGCGAAGCUAAUUGUCCUGCGCAAGGGAAGCUACGACGCGUCCACCCACCAGGUCCGGUGGCAUGCACAGGAGGCGGUGGCCCAAGCCCAGAUGGAGGGCCACCGCUCCAUGAACCCAAGCCCCCUGUACAACGAGAAGACAGGGACCGUUCUCUUCUUCAUUGCCGUCCCUGGGCAGGUGUCCGAGCACCACCAGCUCCACACCAGGGUCAACGUGACACGGCUGUGCCAGGUCACCAGCACCGACCACGGGAGGUCCUGGAGCCCCGUCAGGGACCUCACGGACUCUGUCAUUGGCCCGGCCCACAAGGACGGGGCCACUUUCGCGGUGGGCCCGGGACACUGUCUGCAGUUGCACAACCCGACACAGAGCCUGGUGGUGCCAGCGUACGCUUACUGCACCCGUCCCUCCCUGCGGGCGCCUACCCCUUCCGCCUUCUGCCUGGUCAGCCACGACCACGGGAAAUUCGUGUCCUGGGACACCCUGGGGUGCCAGGUGGCCCAAGUUGGGGAUGCAAAACGGAGGGUUGUGUACCUGAACGCGAGAAGCCCCCUCCAAGCCAGGGUCCAGGUCCAGAGUGCCAACGACGGGCUCGAUUUCGGGGAGACCCAGCCAGUGCAGAAGCUCGUGGAGCCUCCCCACGGCUGCCAAGGGAGCAUCAUUGGCUUCCCCAGCCCCCGUGCGGGAUCAGAAUCCCCAGACCGGUGACUGCUCUACACGCACCCGACUGACCCACGGGGGAGAGCCAACCUGGGCGUGUACCUCAAUUGACAGCCCCCCGCGCCCUAGGCCUGGUCGGAACCCCUGCUGGCCCCGGGCAGCUGCGCUUACUCAGACCUCCCGAGAAUGGGCGCCGGCCCCAAUGGGUCACCGCAGUUUGGGUGUCUGUACGAACCGGAUGAUUACGAGGAGAGCGUCUUCGUCACGUUCACCCUGAAACAGGCCUUCUCAGCUGAAGUUUUGCUGCAGGGAGCCCUCUGUAAGCUGGCCGUGAACCUCCUGACCCCAGAGGAGCUGACAGUUCCCCCAGGAGGACUUGAGCUGAUGCUCGCCCCUCUGGGGACUGAGACCCAUUAA